AUGGGUUGGGAAGGACAAUUUGAGGCUAAUGGCACCGAAGGCAAAAACUUCUACAUCCCUAUGUCAAACAGGACAGGGAUUGUAAGAAGUCCCUUUGAAUACCAGCAGUAUUACUUGGCGGACCCUAUGUGGUUCAAACUUCUGGCUCUUUACAUGUUCUUCCUUAUCUGCACUGGAACCCCCAUCAAUGGACUGACAUUGUUGGUCACGGCUCAGAACAAGAAGCUCCGACAACCUCUCAAUUACAUCUUGGUCAAUUUGGCUGUGGCUGGUCUCAUCAUGUGCGCCUUCGGGUUCACCAUCACAAUCACAUCUGCUGUGAAUGGCUACUUCAUUCUGGGAGCAACAGCCUGUGCAGUUGAGGGAUUCAUGGCCACAUUAGGAGGUGAAGUUGCUCUUUGGUCUCUGGUGGUCUUGGCUGUGGAGAGAUACAUUGUUGUCUGCAAACCUAUGGGAAGCUUCAAGUUCACUGGGUCCCACGCCGCGGCUGGAGUUGCAUUCACUUGGAUCAUGGCUUUUGCAUGUGCUGCACCUCCUCUGGCUGGCUGGUCCAGGUACCUCCCAGAAGGCAUGCAGUGCUCCUGCGGACCUGACUACUACACACUGGCUCCAGGCUAUAACAAUGAAUCCUACGUCAUGUACAUGUUUGUUGUCCACUUCUUCAUUCCUGUCUUCCUCAUUUUCUUUACCUACGGCAGCCUGGUGCUUACAGUCAAAGCUGCUGCAGCCCAGCAGCAGGACUCGGCCUCCACCCAAAAAGCUGAGAAGGAAGUGACACGUAUGUGUGUGUUGAUGGUCUUUGGUUUCCUUGUGGCAUGGGUGCCUUAUGCCACCUUCGCUGGCUGGAUCUUCUUGAACAAGGGAGCUUAUUUCUCUGCCCUGACUGCUGCUAUUCCUGCCUUUUUUGCAAAGAGCUCUGCCCUCUACAACCCAGUCAUCUACGUGCUGAUGAACAAACAGUUCCGUAACUGCAUGCUGAGCACUAUUGGAAUGGGCGGCAUGGUAGAGGAUGAGACCUCAGUUUCUACCAGCAAGACAGAAGUCUCUUCUGUGUCUUAG